AUGGAGCGGUCGCGGCGGCUCCUGCUGUCGGACUACGACGGCGCGAUCGAGUCGCCGCUGCCGUCGCCGCCGCCGCCGUCCUCGGCCACGCCGUUCCACCCCGGGGUAGCCGUGGUCGUCGGCAUCCUCACCAGCGUCUUCUCCAUCACGUUCCUGCUCCUGCUCUACGCCAAGCACUGCAAGCGCAGCGCCGCGGAGUCGUCGGGGCCCUACGGGAGCGCCGGCGGCGCGGGCGGCGGGGACCGGAGGAACUCCGGCGUCGACCGCGCCGUCGUCGAGUCCCUCCCGGUCUUCCGCUUCGGCGCGCUGCGCGGGCAGAAGGAAGGCCUCGAGUGCGCCGUCUGCCUCGGCCGGUUCGAGCCCACCGAGGCGCUCCGGUUGCUGCCCAAGUGCCGCCACGGCUUCCACGUCGAAUGCGUCGACACGUGGCUCGACGCGCACUCCACCUGCCCGCUCUGCCGCUCCCGCGUCGACCCGGAGGACGUCCUCCUCCUCCCGGAGCCGCCCAAGCCGUCUAGCACGGGCCCUCCUGACCCGCCGGAGGCUAAGGCGGCGGCUGCUGCGGCGGUCAAAGAGCCGGCUCCGGCUCCGCCUCCUGCUCCUGCUCCUGCUCCAACGCCCGCGCCGUCCGGGCGUAGGAUCUCAGGCCGGCACUCCACGGGGUCAGUGCGCGCGCCCGGGCGCGUCGGCCCGGCCUCGCGGCGGUCGGCAGACGGCGGCGUGGCGGUCGGCUGCUUCGACGGCGCCAAGGUGCGCAAGGACCGGGUGCUGCUGGUGGAGCCGGCGGCCGUGGUGGCGGAGCCGGACCCGGUGGCGUUCGACCGCCGGUUCGGGCACCGCAUCCUGGUGAGCACCGCGGGCGGGUGCGAGGGCGAGACGGCCCCCGCGGCGCAGCAGCGGUGGAGCGACCUGCGCCCGUCCGACCUCAUGUUCGUCCGCGCCGAGUUCCUGGUCACCGAGGCCGGUCGCUACUCCUGCUCCGCGGCCGUCGUCAACUCCGGCAACGCCAGGAGCGCCAUCGGCGUGCGGAGCCUGUCGGAGCUGGCGGCGGGUGUACGCCGCCUCCCGCCAAUCCGCGCCGGCGCGUGCGAGGGCGAGGCCGAGCCACGAGCCGGCGGCGGCGCACGGCGGUGGCCUGGGGCGAGCUGGCGGGCGCCGCGUGGGACCCCGCCCGCGCGUAACGGCCCUAUCGCCUAG